AUGGAUUUCCGUCUGCGAUGCAACUCGCUCAAAUGUAGAGCACAAUUACAGGAAAAGGCGGUGGUGACCACAUGCUCACAUAUUUUCUGUCUCGACUGUGCAGGUCGUCUGGGCCUCUCCCGUCCCACCACAAAUGAUCGUCGAUGCCCUGCAUGUCAAACAGUGCUAUGCAACCCGGACGAUGCCGUCUCGACCGUCCUGAACCCCACAGAAGAUUACAAGACAAGCGUCUUGAGUGGACUGGACCCCACCACGAUUAUGGAGUGCGCUGGCCGAGCACUGGGCUUUUGGGCGUACCAGAGCACGCAAGAAAUAUUCUACCAAGAGUACCUCGGGAAGAGUCUCACCGACAAAUAUACUACUCUGAGCACGCAAAUGGACAAGGUCAUCCACAAUGCCAACUCGGAGAUUUCCACGCUGCAUGAGAAGGUGUCCGAGAUGCAAGCUCAACAUGAGCAAGUGCAAAAGCGGAAUCAGGAACUCGUUGAUCUCUAUCGUGAGAAAUCCAAGAAACUCGAUCAGAUGACGAAUCUUUACAACCUGCUCAAGGCCCGAACCAUGAAGUCACGCAUGGAGACAGCUGCGUUAGAGAAUGUCUCUGAAACGCUGAACUCCAUGUCCCAUUGGAACGCCCAUGUCAUGCCUCCGCCCCCAUCAGCACGAUCCGUACCGAACGCUUCAAAAUCACACACUUCUAAGACCCCCUCUUACCCAUUUAGUCCGGAGGGAGUGGAGCAAUUACAUCGGAACCAACGCAGUGGCACUGGAAGCUCGAGAUUUUCAAGACCCCAGAAAACUGCCAAGUCAGGAGUACCGACCCCGGUGGGCCACUCAGUCUUCAAUGUCCGGACCGCUCCGGUGAACAAGUCAACCCAACCACACCGAACCCGUCUGCCGCAUUCAAAUCGCCCCUCCGCCGCGGCGUCACACUUGCCUUCCGAGGAGGAAAUUCUGGCACGAUUUGGUCAGAGGUUAUAG